AUGCGGCAGCUUCGGCUCAUCACCAACAUGAGGGCUCAUAAUGACACGUGGUUUGUAGAUUACUUGCUAAGGGUCGGCAAUGGCACUGAGGAUGUCGACGAUCAAGGCAACAUACUACUCCCUGAAGACAUCUGUCUGCCGUCUACAGGCGAGGUUGACGACCUGGAGAAGCUUAUUGACCACGUGUUUCCGAGUCAAGAUGACAACAUGUCUGAUUCGAAUUACAUGACAUCUCGCGCAAUCCUUUCCACGAAAAACGACAAUGUCGACAAGAUAAACAUCCGCAUGAUAGAGCGUUUUCAUGGAGAUGAAGUAAUCUACCAUAGCUUUGACAGUGCGGAGGACGACCCAUAUGGCUACUACGCUCAGGAGUUUCUGAAUGGAUUGACUCCUAACGGUCUUCCUCCGCAUGCACUCAAGCUAAAGCUGAACUACCCUGUCAUACUUCUAAGGAACAUUGAUCCAGCUAAUGGACUGUGUAACGGCACUAGGCUUGUUGUUAGAGGUUUUGAGAGGAACACCAUUGAUGCAGAAAUCUUUAAAAGGAAGCAAUUUCCUAUAAGGCUUAGCUUUGCUAUGAACAUUAACAAGGCUCAAGGGCAGACCAUCCCGAUUGUUGGUGUCUACCUACCCAAUCCUGUGUUCUCUCAUGGUCAGCUCUAUGUUGCUCUGUCUCGAGCCACCGCGAAAAGAAAUAUAAAGAUACUCAUUCAGAAGGAGAAGCCGAAGGAGAAGGCCAACAAGCAAAAGGAAAAUCCAAAGAAGCGAAAAAGACCGACCAUGUCCUUACUGACGUCGAUGAAGAACAUCGUCUACAAGGAAGUCCUUACAGGCUGA